AUGAAUAUGCAGGUCAGUUCAACCGAUGGAAUCGACACAAGUAUGACCGAAGAUCCAAAUGGAUCCCGUACAACUGAGUCCACAGAACACUCCAGACACCACUGUCAGCUCAACGACGCAAGUACCUGUACAAAGAGAACGUUUCAUAGGAAUGGCAAAGCGACGAAGAAUGAUGAACAUAACAAACGGAUUGAGAAAAAACCACUUGCCAAUUGUGUGUUUGGGGAUGGAGGGAAACGUUCCGGUUUGAUGUACACAGACAACUAA